AUGACAGAAUACUACCAGAUCUUAGGGGUCCAGAGAAACGCUUCGGCGGAGGACAUUAAAAAAGCGUGAGUAACCUUGUCCGGCAUGGCCUCUAUUUUUACACGCGUGUCGACUUUAGUAAUGUUGGACACUCUGAAGGAUGUAGUAGACUAAUUAUAGAAACUGAGUAAAAACGGAUAGAGUGCUAACCGCAAUGCUUUAGAAGGUUUCCACUCUUAUCACUCCUCUUCCUGUAACCUUGCUGAGUAUCGCUGUCACAAACCUUCCUGUACACUCACACACCCGCACACACACAGACACACUGAACAGCCCCGCUCACGUCCUGUGACCAAUGUUUCCUAUUGUCAUUUGAAGACUGUCAUUCGUAUUGUUUUGCCAGUAAUAUGUUGUGAAUAACAGACACACCUACUCCUCUUUUAAAACAUCAGUAUGAUUGUGAGAUUAUGAUCUGCCCUUUUGUGCUGCUAGGCUUGGGAAUCUAAGGUAUGCUCGUUUUUUAGGGUUUGGCUGAAGUUAACACCAACUUCACUGUGAAGGGAGCGUUUUUCCUCUCUAGUUCUGUUUUUCAGUUUAAGUGUUGAUUACAAUGUAAACAUAACUGUCUAAGUCACUAAAGGGACUGAGUAGUGGUAAUUUAAACACAAGCAGUAGUCAUAUUAACUCUGUUUUUAACGCUGACUAUCCUGCAUUUGACCUUUUUAACUAGAUAGAUAGCACCCUAGACAAAGGUCAAAAGGUUAGGUAAAUUGUGUAACCCCAUCUCUCUGAUACAAUUGAUACUCUUACCACUGGGCCACUUCUAACCGUGCCGAUUUGAACUGCUUUACCUCAAUCUUGGCGCCUCUUCACACUUAAUACACUUUUCAUAAAAAUACCGUCUGUUACACAUAUUACUUAAAUGUAAACUUGUGUACUUGCUACGUUUCGACAUCUACCUCCAGAGGUAGUUCACGACACUCGCCAGACAGUUGCUCCCCUUGAAGCAGGGCAGUGUAAACAGAAUUGUCUCGUUAAGCCAACACACCUACAAUAUAAAUGUUAAUAGCAGAGCAAUGUUUUUGAAACAGCUGAAAUGUAAAGACAUUUUCCUAAUAUUUGAGACUUGUUUUAUUGAGUUUUUAUUUGAAGUUGCAGUAACAGCCUGCUACAUUCUGAAAUUGACUCAGUAGCUGCCGGCUGCACUGAGCCACGUAAAACUAUGGAAGCCCAUCCCCAUUCCUGAUUUUUUUACAUGUACAUUUUAGUCAUUUAGCAGACGCUUUUAUCCAGAGCGACUUACAGUUAGUGAGUGCAUACAUAUAUAUAUAUAUAUUUUUUUUUCAUACUGGAAUCGAAACCCACAACCCUGGCGUUGCAAAUGCCAUGCUCUACCAACUGAGCUACAUCCCUGCCGGCCAUUCCCUACCCUGGACGACGCUGGGCCAAUUGUGCGCCGCCCCAUGGGUCUCCCGGUCGGCUACGACAGAGCCUGGAUUCGAACCAGGAUCUCUAGUGGCACAGUGGCCUUAGACCACUGCACCACUCGGGAGACAUGAUCUGGUAGUAGGCUAACCUAACCAACUCCAGACCCUAGUUGUAGCGUAUGACAUAGUAAUACACCAGCUGUAAAACAUUGUUUUAUAUUGGCUAGGAUGGGACCAGAUUAUUUUUCUAAUCAGGUCAUAUGGUUUAAAAAUAAAUACCCUGGAAAAACUCCUGGCCCAGGGAGGAUGAAAACAUGAAAACCCUUUACACAGACAAAGAAACAACUGCGGUUGGACAAAAACUAACAGGGCUGAGCUAGCUGUAUGCAGGUUUGCAUCAUGUAGGCCUUUGCAUCUGUAAUAAAAAAUAUACUCAUACAGUAUGUCAUCACUAUUGUGUUGAUUGAGUAACCCCAGUCAAUCAUUUUGGAUUAAAAAGGCCUAGGUAGCCGAGCCACCCGAAGUGUGAAUAUCAACUAAAUUUGAUCACAUUCACAUUUUCUCAGAACACAAAAAUGUUUGCCUAUUUUAGGCUAUAAAAACAUGGCGUUAUGUUUCCCCAGGCCCCGAUGUGAUCAGAGCACAUGGGCUUCUCUAGGCUACCUACAGCUGUGGUUGUUAUCAGUAGGCUACAGUUGAUCAGACUGAAGUAUUUAUUGUGCACGUUGACAAAUCAUGAGGCAUUUUAUGAAAAGAUGUUGGUGGCGGUUAUGGGCUUCCAUAUAAAACAGCUUGUCGUGGUGAAUUCACCUAUAUCCACAUUUUCAGUCACAAUUUGCUUUUACCACAUGUAAUGAUUUGCAUGAUAUUGAUAAAAAUGAAGGCUGGUUGGUUGUUAUAUUGUAAGGUAGGUCUACUGUACUUUUAUAUUCGUAUGAGAGGGUUAAUCGUUCAUUUUUGAUAAGCUAAUGUUAUUUGAUGAAGACAUGCUGUAGCAAUUGUCUGCACAUGCAUGCUUCUGAAUUGUUGCAUUAUUCAAGAGUUUAAUAUGGUUUGGUUGCAUUAUUCAAUAAUUUAAUAUGUUUUAGAAGAAAAGUUUCAGUCAUUGUUGAAUAGUUUGUGUUUACUGGAUAGUGAUUACUAUGAUAUUUACGGUCAAUUUGAGCUGCAGACCAAGAAUGUCGCGUUGGCAGCCACAACGCUAGGUAAGGUAAAGCAAGGAUGUACUGUGAAUUGAAAAGUAUAAUUCUCUUUCGUCAAACCGCUCCUCAGACUCUCCUUCAUAUCUCGUAGUGAGAAUCUUGUUUCUCAUGAUCUGAGAGUCCUUUAUGUGCCUUUGGCAAAUUCCAAGCGGGCUGUCAUGUGCCUUUUACUCAGGAGUGGCUUGCGUGUGGCCACUCUACCAUAAAGGCCUGAUUGGUGGAGUGCUGCAGAGAUGAUUGUCCUUAUGGAAGGUUCUCCCAUCUCCACAGUGGAGCUCUGUCAGAGUGAGCAUCGGGUUCUUGGUCACGCCACCCCACCAAGGCCCUUCUCCCCCGAUUGCUCAGUCUGGCCGGGCACCCAGCUCUAGGAAGAGUCUUGGUGGUUCCAAACUUCUCCCAUUUAAGGAUGAUGGAGGCUACAGUGUUCUUGGGGACCUUCAAUGCUGCAGAAAUGUUUUGGUACCCUUCCCCAGAUCUGUGCCUCGACACAAUCCUGUCUCGGAGUUCUACGGACAAUUCCUUCGACCUCGGCUUGGUUUUUGCUCUGACAUGCACUGUCAACUGUGCGACCUUUUAUAGAUAGUCAUGUGCCUUUCCAAAUCAUGUCCAAUCAAUUGAAUUUACCACAGGUGAGAUUAUGAGUUGUAGAAACAAGUUGUAGAAACAUCUCAAGGAUGAUCAAUGUAAACAGGAUGCACCUGAGCUCAGUUUCGAGUCUCAUGGCAAAGUGUCUGAAUACUUAUAUAAAUAAGGUGUUUCUGUUGAAAAAAAUGUAAACCUGUUUUCGCUUUGUCAUUAUUGGGUAUUGUGUGUAGAUUGAUUAAAUAAAUACAAAUCCUCAUCAAUCUUAGAAUAAGGCUGUAACGUAACAAAAUGUGGAAAAAGGGAAGGGGUCUGAAUACUUUCCGAAUGCACUGUAUUCUCUCAGGCAGGCCCGGUCCUGGCCGUUCUGCCACCCUAGGCGGAUUUUAUACUGAACAAAAUGUAAAGUGCUGAUCCCAUGUUUCAUGAGCUGAAAUAAAAGAUCCCAGAAAUUUUCCAUACGCACAAAAAGCUUAUUUCUCUCAAAUGUUGUGCACAAAUUUGUUUACAUCCCUGUUAGUGAGCAUUUUAUCCUUUGUCAAGAUAAUCCAUCCAACUGACAGGUGUGGCAUAUAAAGAAGCUGAUUAAAGAAUAUGAUCAUUACACAGGUGCACCUUGUGCUGGGGAUAUGCCGUUUUGUCACACAACACAAUGUCUGUCUCAAGUUUUGAGGGAGCGUGCAAUUGGCAUGCUGCCUGCAGGAAUGUCCACCAGAGCUGUUGCCAGAGAAUUUAAUGUAAUUUUCUCCACCAUAAGCCACCUCCAACGUCAUUUUAGAGAAUUUGGUAGUACGUCUAACCAGCCUCACAACCGCAGACCACGUGUAACCACGCCACCCAGGACCUCCACAUCCGACUUCUUCAAUGUGGGAUCGUCAGAGGGGGAGGGGUGCUCAGGAGUAUUUCUGUCUGUAAUAGAGCUCUUUUGUAGGGAAAAACUCAUUCUGAUUGGCUGGGCCUGGCUCCCCAGUGGUUCGGCCUGGCUCCCAAGUGGGUGGGCCUAUGCCCUCCCAGGCCCAUGGCUGCGCACCUGCCUAGUCAUGAAAUCCAUAGAUUAGGGCCUAAUGAAUUUAUUUCAAUUGACUGAUUUCCUUAUAUGAACUGUAACUGAGCAUGUUGCGUUUAGAUUUUUGUUCAGUAUAGAAUAGUGUAGCCUACAGUGUCAGCCCGCAAUGGAAUUUUAUGGAUGCCCAUCUAUGUGGUAGCCUACCGUUUUGUAAAACAGGCAGUUGCAUUGGCUUUAUUAGUCCUGAUUCCUGUGACUAAUCGUUUUGGCUAUUUAAGCUCUGAAUAUCAGCUACCUAACUUUAUCAGGAAUUAUCCUGAGCCUAUUUGCAAUGAGAAUCCAUGUGUUUACACAGCGGGAAAUUCAGAACUCUUUUUAUUUUUCACUAUGAUUAACUAAUACAAACUUAAAAUCACUGAUUAUCAUGCCAAUUUAGCCCACGGGUCGAAACAAAUUAUGUACACUAUAUAUACAAAAGUAUGUGGACACCCCUUCAAAUGAGUGGAUUCUGCUAUUUCAGCCACACCCGUUGCUGACAGGUGUAUACAAUUGAGCACACAGCCAUGCAAUUUCCAUAGACAAACAUUGUUAGUAGAAUGGCCUUACUGAAGAGAUCAGUGACAAAUUUCAGUUUGUCAGUUUGUCAAAUUUCUGCCCUGCUAGAGCUGCCCCGGUCAACUGUAAGUGCUGUUAUUGUGAAGUGGAAACAUCUAGGAGCAACAACGUCUCAGUCGCGAAGUGAUACAAACUCACAGAACGGGACCGCCGAGUGCUGAAGCCUGUUGCGCGUAAAAAUCGUCUGUCCUCGGUUGCAACACUCACUACCGAGUUCCAAAUUGCCUCUGGAAGCAACGUCGGCAGAAGAACUGUUCGUCGGGAGCUUCAUGAAAUGGGUUUCCAUGGCCGAGCAGCCGCACACAAGCCUAAGGGCACCAUGCACAAUGCCAAGCGUCGGCUGGAGUGGUGUAAAGCUUGCCGCCAUUGGACUCUGGAGCAGUUGAAACGCGUUCUCUGGCGUGAUGAAUCACGCUUCACCAUCUGACAGUCUGACAGAUGAAUCUGGGUUUGGAAGAUGCCAGGAGAAUGCUACCUGCCCAAAUGCAUAGUGCCAACUGUAAAGUUUGGUGGAGGAGGAAUAAUGGUCUGGGGCUGUUUUUCAUGGUUCGGGCUAGGCCCCUUAGUUCCAUUGAAGGGAAAUCUUAACGCUACAGCAUACAAUGACAUUCUAGACGAUUCUGUGCUUCCAACUUUGUGGCAACAGUGUGGGGAAGGCCCUUUCCUGUUUCAGCAUGACAAUGCCCCUCUGCACAAAGCGAGGUCCAUACAGAAAUGGUUUGUCGAGAUUGGUGUGAAAGAACUUGCCUGACCUGCAAAGAGCCCUGACCUCAAACCCAUCGAAUAACUUUGGGGAUGAAUUGGCACGCCGACAGCGAGUUUGUCCUAAUCACCCAACAUCAACGCCCGACCUCACUAAUGCUCUUGUGGCUGAAUGGAAGCAAGUCCCCGCAGCAUUGUUCCAACAUCUAGUGGAAAGCCUUCCCAGAAGAGUGGAGGCUGUUAUAGCAGCAAAGGGGGGACCAACUCCAUAUUAAUACCCAUGAUUUUGGAAUGAGAUGUGUCCACAUACUUUUGGUCAUGUAGUGAAUAUAAACCCCUGCAUGACUGAUUUUAAACCACCGCACAGCCAUCUUGGUACUCCUCCAUUGUAAAAAAAAAAAAAAAGAUUUUGGAAGCUAUAGAAAUGCAUUUAUUAAUGUCUACAUUCGUUUUUGACACAUUUAUUCUAUUACAGACAUCUUUAAUGCAUAGGGCAAACUUUUAAAUUCUAUUAUGUUAGCUAAACAUACCCCCCCCCAAAAAAUAAAUUAUAUAUAUAUAUAUAUAUAACAUUUUUCUUGAAGUAUUUUUUUUUUUAGAUUACUAGUGUUACUGUCCCUACUACAACAACAAAAAUACUUAAAUACAUGUAAUUUUGUCUUUGAAACAUUUAAUUGAAAUACUGUAGCAUUUCAUUCAUUCCGAUACCACUGCUCCAACUGGGGAGUGCCAAUAUGGCUGACCGGUAGCUACAAAGACUCUCAAUGGCCAAUAGAUAGCAUCAGCAAUCCAGGGUUUAUAUACAUAAUUGGUUGAAACUCCUGGACAGCAGUUGUGAGUACCCUGAUUUUCUAUUCCAGAUAUUGUCCAUUUUACUUUGACCUGUCCUGUUUGUUAACAUGUCAUAUUCACAUCGAAGCAAAUUUUGUAUUUGAUUGGGCGCCAUUUAGGCUAGGCUAUUUGAUCGGAGAAACGUGCAUGAUGUAAAAAGUAUCUGUCUCAUGACAUUGUCAUAAAUUUGAUCUCCAGCCUGUAGGAUACAGAAAAUGCAACUUUUUCUACUGUAGGCUAUAGUCUACAUAAUUUAUGUAAAAAAAGAAAUGGAACAUUUGUGGUGAGCCGCAGCGGUGCGUCUCUCCAACAACACCGUGGGGAGGCACCCUGGGCAUGGAUAAUAAGUUGCGCCCCUGCCUUUGACAAAGUGGGUAGGCCAACUGCUUUUCACGGGGCGGCAUCAGCGUUCACCUAAAUAACCCAUAUGCCACUGGGUGAGAGAAAUUUACAUAUUUGGCUGGCUGGCCCUGCGUUCAGGUGAGCGUGAUGCUUUACGACCAAGAUGUGGUUUACCUCAGGCCAGAAGCACCCUUCCAGUGCUGUUGUUUUUGUUUUUACCUGUAGGUAAGUUUUAACAGGGGCCGUAUGCAUCAAGCAUCUCAGAGUAGAAGUGCUGAUCUAAAAUCAGUUUAGCCUUUUAGAUCAUAAUGAAUAAGAUUACAUGGACAGGGAAGACCUCAUCCUAGAUCAGCACUCCUCCUCAGAGAAGCUUGACACCUAUGGCCCCAAGUCUGCGUGGAGACCUAGGUCUUAAUGUGCUCAUUCACAGCAGAAUAUAUUGUCAUAAAAGACUAAAUCCCUACUCUGUGGUCUCUAUACAGCCCUAUGGAUGACCUCUGAGUCCGGGCAUUCCUCCAUAGUGCCUGUGGCUGCAUCCCAAAUGUCACCCUAUUUUCUAUUGAGUGUGGGUCAAAAGUAGCGCACUAUAUAGGGAAUAGGGUGCCAUUUGGGAUGCAGCCACUGGCUGCUACAGGCAGGCCUUAGUCAGGGAGAACUGCUGAAUCAGCACAAACCGCUGUCCUGGACUGCAGAGCCAUGAAGUUUACUCUGCCUCCCCUUUUUUUAUACCCCUGCUGUGGAGGGGUGAGAAUUGGGCUGACAGCCUUAAAAACGCCCUGCUGCUCUGCCUGCACUUUUGUCUUCUUGAUUAAUUAGGAUAUCUUCCUCAUUCAGGGUUAAUCAUUAACAUACAGCCUGAAAAGUGGACAAUUCUUUCCAAUUAAGUGUCACGAGAGGGGGUUGUGUCAUUUUAAUGGUGAAAUCGGAUUACUGAGUCUUUUUGAAAUCCUCUGUUAAUUGCUCAAACUGUUUGCUGAAUUGCAAACGAUCUGUUAAGAAUUGAUACUUGCACUCUCCUGGUCAGCCCUCAGUCAUCAACCUACAAUUUUAUCAGCGAAUGAUAAAAUAAUACCUCUCAAUCUAAUUACUACUCAUGGAAAACUAUUGUAUAUUGAUGGUUAUACAUAGUUCGUAUUUGUUGUGUCAUUAUUAAUGAAUGGUGAGAUUACCCAUCUCCUUAGAUGACAAAUGACGGUGGUAUCUUUUGGCUGUACAUGUCUGUGCAUGUGAGUCUAUUUCUAUGUGUAGAAAAAUAUAUAAUCUGCCAUACUGUAGGUACAGAAAGCUAGCACUCAAGUGGCAUCCAGACAAGAACCCGGACAACAAGGAGGACGCAGAGAGGAAGUUCAAAGAGCUUUCAGAAGCCUACGAGGUCCUGUCAGAUGGUAAGACUCCCCCCCCCCCCCCCCCCCCCCCCACCUAAGACUCCUCACUAUGGACAGUUUGAAAUGCUAACACAAACGCUAAUGCACAUGUCAGGAAUGCCCUCGGAACUGCCUCAAUUCGUCAGGGCGUGGACUCUACAAGGUGUCGAAAGCGUUCCACAGGAAUGUUGACUUCAAUGCUUCCCACAGUUGUCAAGUUGGCUGGAUGUCCUUUGGGUGGUGGACAAUUCUUGAUACACACGGGAAACUGUUGAGCAUGAAAAACCCAUAUGUGGUUGUCCCACCUAACUAUCUUAAGAUUAAUGCACUAACUGUAAAUCGCGUCUGCUAAAUGACUAAAAUGUAAAAAUGUACUCAUACUGGUGCGCCUGGCACCUACUACCAUACCCUGUUCAAAGGUACUUGCAUCUUUUGUCUAGCACAUUCACCCUCUGAAUAGCACACAUAAACAAUCCAUGUCUCAAUUGUCUCAAGUCUUAAAAAUCCUUCAUUAACCUGUCUCCUCCCCUUCAUCUACACUGAUUUUUAAGUGGAUUUAACAAGUGACAUCAAUAAGGGAUCAUAGCUUUCACCUAGAUUCACCUGGUCAGUCUAUGUCAUGGAAAGAGCAGGUGUCCUUAAUGUUUUGUACACUGUGUCCAUUUUCGAAACGUUACAAGAACCCUUUUACACUAAAAUGAGUAACAUAUUACGCGACUGCAACCUGUAAAAUGUUAUGAUGUGGUGGACAGAAACCUAUGCUAGCUAGCUACAUAGCAUGCACACAUGAGGUCUAGGCCUACUUGAUUAGUGAUAUCUCUCUGCUAUACAGAUUGUAUGACUGAUACAAAUUAUUUUAACAGGCCCUGGUCAAAAGUAGUGCACUACAUAGGGAAUAGGGUGCCAUUUGGGAAUCAGUUAUAGGCCUGAGAGCACAACAGAGAACUGUAAUGUCUUGAUUUAUUUGUCCCUGUUAUGUACUGCUCUCCCAGCAACAGCAGCUAACAACAGGCCAGUAAUUGUUUCCCUUCAAAGCGCACAAUGUCAGGACCGUUUGUGCUGUGGAGUUACAUACUUGAACAUCGACUUUCCUCUUUUGGUUCUCAUACAAGCCUUUAAGUAGUCACUCUUGUUGUCGUUUGGCUUGUUCCACCUAUCAAGUUCUGAAAAUUUGAACCUGUUGGUGAAAGAAGAGCACAGGUGGAAGAUUAUCAGAGGUCUUAGAGGAAGGAUCUUAAGACGGUUGAAAAUAAGUGAUUUCAACCAGUUUUGCAGUUGAAAUGACAUCUUUUCAAUACGUUUUUCUCACUGGGUAGAAGAAAGGAUCUUAAGACUGCGAUCGAGAAACAUUCAGUGAGUGUAGUUUGCGAACAAGCAUCAAAUCAAUAGAUUUCUGUAUACAUUAUAACUCAGCUGGCAGUAAUAAGGAACCACUAAGACCAUUUCACAUGAACCUCGUGUAUCAAAUAAUGAGAAUGAGGCAGGAUCUGUUUCAUAUCCAGGUAGCUAUUAUUAUCCAAAGGUCGCAGCGAGCUUUACUUUAGAUGGAGAACAGAAAUUACACUUUGUCAAGUUCAAAGUGUCCCAAAUGGCACCCUAUUCCAUAGUGUACUACUUUUGACCAAGGUCAGACCAGGGCCCAUGGGGCUCUGGUCAAAAGUAGUGUACUGCAUAGGGAAUAGGUUGCCAUUUGGGACACGUCCACAGUGACUAUUGCCUGACCGCUUCAGAUCUCUUAAUCCCUCCUUUUCUUCUUAUCCCUAGCAAACAAGAAGACCCAGUAUGAUCGAUAUGGUAAAGAAGGCUUAGCUGGAAACGGAGGCGGAGGGGGAGGAAGAGGUAUACAUUACUCUUCAUGUUUUGAUAUGUAGCCUCUCUAAGAAAUAUGGAGGUUAAACAUGUAUAUUAUAUGAUACAGUAAUAUAUGAUGUUAUGACACAAUAUCUGAAAUACCACAUAAAGCUAGCUAGCAUGCCAAGGAGAAGUGUUUUGCUUCUACCAAUGUACAGCCCUAUGGGGUCAACUUCAGUGUGUUACCAUAAAUCUGACAGGGCAAUACCAACCUUGCUCUUUUUUCUGAGGAAUCAAAACCAUUAGCUAUCAACUAAACCUCGUAGUGCCAUGCUACCCUCAUCGUGCCCUUGAAUAAUUGAACUAUGUUUAGAUCACCAUGUGUACUACAUGACCAGGAAUAUUUUGCUCUGCUAUCACUCAAUAACUCUCAUUGUAUGUUCUUAGUUGAUGAUUCUCUGUUUCUUCCAGGAGGGCGUUAUCACAACGGUGAUCACUUCAGUGGUGGGUUCACAUUCCGUAAUCCAGAAGAUGUCUUCAGGGAAUUCUUCGGGGGUCGAGAUCCAUUUGCAGAUUUCUUCGGUAAGUCUUUUCCCCCCACUGAGGCCAGAGAAUGCCUAGAGCGAGCCUAGCUCCCAGAGAAGCCAAUGGAAUUGCCCUUAUCCUAUAGAGUGGAAAGAGAGUGACUGAGGAGAGCGAGAAAGAGGGAGAGAGAGGAGGAUGGAGCCAUACUUUGGUACACUUUGACUACUUUAUUAUUUACAAUUCAUCCAAGUUUGCUGUAUAUCGGAUGUGAGGUUGUUAAAAGUAAAACCUCAAAACACUCAGGUCUUAUCCCUAUGUAUAUAAUAGUAAAUAUCUAGAGGAAUCUAUCACUUUAGCGUUGACAAAACAGAUAUGGCUUUGAUAAACAAAACUGAAGCAGGCAUUGAGAUGAAGUUGAUCUACGCUGCCUCGAGCGAGGUCUGUGCUUUUUAAUUCCUGGAACACUCCUGACCUUUUCACUGUCGGUUACCCACAACUAAUUCCGUUCUAAACCCCUGUGGACAUGCAACUAAUUGUGUGCCAAUCUGGGUCAGCCUUGCUGGCUGGAUAAGAGAGGCUGUUUGCUGCCCUGCCUGACUAUAGUGUUAUAUAGCUGGUACAGAGAACUGGCUACACUGCAGACUGAUCAGGGGUAACUGAGGUAGCCAGGAUGGGGAAAUUAACACCAUCCACCAGCGAAAUGCUGGUAGAUUUUGGCAUUAGCUGGUAUGUCUAUUCUUACCAGCCACAUUGGCGGGUGGUCACACAGAGCGUUUUGGAGCAUUUUUUAUUUAUUUUUAUCCAAAGCCCACGAUUUGAGUGUGUGUGUGUCAGCUCUGGAAGAGAGAAUCUCAAUGCUACAGUGGUGAAAGUGGGGUGGGGUUCAAUAUUUGGUUCAAACAAUAGAGAGAAAGAUGGAGACCUUGCCGGCUGGAACAGGUAUAAAACACGCUCUGAUAUCCACGUCUGUCUCUGUGUGUGUGUUCUUUGAAAUCACUUUCAAUCAAUUUCAAAACCAUUCAAUACAUGUUGUUUUAACAGUACAAAGCACGUGCAUGCAUCUUCUGUGAUUUAUCUUUAUUAUUUCUUUUUUGGGGGAAAAUAAAUGUGGCUUGUAAACAAAUUGAGUUGUCUGGUAGAAUUUGGGCAGCCACUGCGGCUAGUGGACCAAAAAGUUAAUUUCCAACCCUGGAGGUGUAGCCUCCAUAAACACAUACCCAUACACUCUAGCCUGACACCCAGGACUGUCUAGCCUGACCGUGGGGUAGCCUGACACCCAGGACUGUGCUCAGAGUGCCAUCUAGUCUAACAGUGUAGUAGCCUGGGUGUGACUCAGGACUUCAGCAGUCAGUUGACCCGUCCUGUGUUUUAUUAGUCUUAGCAGGACCCCAGGCUGCUGCUGUGUCUAGUGACUGACAGACUGACUGACAGACCCCCAGCACCAGAUGGCAUAAUGACAGCCAGCCAUACAAUCACCAUGCCUCUGGCUAGAGGGGCUAUAGGGUAGGUACUGUAUAGCCAUAGGACUGGCUUUCGAGAGAAAACAACAACAGCCAUUGCAUCCUUUAGUCUCUUCCAACCACAGACUGGAUAGCCAGGAUGGUCUGGGUUCAAAUUCAAGUUUACGAGCAAACAGGGACACCUAUUAAGCCAGGACCAAAGUAUGGUUCUCCAUGCCAUCAGCCUAGCAGGUACUAUCCUCUUACCGACAGCAUUGAGGACAUGCUGUCUGAUGCUGCUGCUGGACACUGCCAACAUGGGAGUAAACAGCAACAGCUGUCCUCUGCACUCUGUGGAUGCGUCCCAACUGGCACCUUAUUCCCUAUAUAGUGCACUACUUUUGCCCAGAGCUCAAUGGACCCUGGUCAAAAGUAGUGCGCUUUAUAGGGUGUAGGCAUGGUUGGGGAGUAACUGAUUACAAAAAAACUGUAGUCAGUUACUUUACCAGCAAGAAUAUUGUAAUCAGAUUACAGAUACUUUUGAAAAAUGAGAUGAUUACUUUUAAAUUCAGAAAGGAUGUUUGCGAAAAAAGACAUUGACACCUUUCUGUUUUCUCAAUGACAUUCAAUCCAGCAUUGAAAAUAGGGGCAAGUUUAAGUUUGUUAACCUGAGCGUGUAUGACCACAAGUCAGAGACUACUAUGAUGACAUACCAAAUGUGUUUGAUGGAUCCUUUUUAUCUUUUUAUAAUGCCUCUUAAGGGUAAAGUAGCCCAAAAGUAACUGAAGGUAAUCAGAUGACGUCUGUGUUUUAAAGAUGCCCUGGGCAUUUAUACAGAGCGAAGUCAUACUGCAUAGUUUACACACAGAAACAACAAAGCAGUAUCAACCUCGGAGCUUCCUGUGUACUCCUACACAACACACAUUCAUCAAGUAUUAUUGUAACCCCUCCCCUGUUUCACAUGUGUUUCCACACACACAGACACAUGCGUCUGAUGCUAUUACAACUGGUCUUAUUUUAAUACAGAAGCUAUUUUUGAAAGCAUUCCAGCUGAAUGAUGUAGGCUCUCAUAUCCGUCCGCUGUCUGAGGCUCGCCUCCAUAUUUAGAGCUCUGUGGGUGAACCGUGGAUGCCUCGCUGUCAUUCGCUGAGCAGAUACAGGCUUUUACACCACUGGCUGAGCCAAUAGGCUCCCUACUACGACACGUCUCCCAUUGGUCAAAACAACACCUUCCUUAACCCCAAGUCACCUAACAUUAGCUGAGUUUAGCAAUAGCUUUCAAAGACCAUUUUCAAGUCAGUAUAUUGUAAAUAGCCCUGCUACAUUAAAUCCUUUCCUAACGAAAUAAGUCACAUCAAGGAACACCGAGAUAAAGAAGAAGACGGUCCGGAGGUUCAAGGGUUUUAAUCCUAGAUCAUAAAUUAUAUUGUGGUCAACCUCGUUAGAAACAUCUUCCAUGCUCAGCUGCAUCCCAUAUGGCACCCUAUUCCUUACGUAGUGCACUACUUUUGACCAGGGCCCAUAGUCAUAAGCUCUGGUGAAAAGUAGUGCACUAUAUAUACAGUUGAAGUCGGAAGUUUACAUACACCUUAGCCAAAUACAUUUAAACUCAGUUUUCCACAAUUCCUGACAUUUAAUCCUAGUAAAAAUUCCCUGUCUUACGUCAGUUAGGAUCACCACUUUAUUUUAAGAAUGUGAAAUGUCAGAAUAAUAGUAGAGAGUGAUUUAUUUCAGCUUUUAUUUCUUUCAAAACAUUCCCAGUGGGUCAGAAGUUUACAUACACUCAAUUAGUAUUUGGUAGCAUUCCCUUUUAAAUUGUUUAACUUGGGUCAAACGUUUCGGGUAGCCUUCCACAAGCGUCCCACAAUAAGUUGGGUGAAUUUUGGCCCAUUUCUCCUGACAGAGCUGGUGUAACUGAGUCAGGUUUGUAGGCAUCCUUGCUUGCACACGCUUUUUCAGUUCUGCCAACACAUUUUCUAUAGGAUUGAGGUCAGGGCUUUGUGAUGGCCACUCCAAUACCUUGACUUUGUUGUCCUUAAGCCAUUUUGCCACAACUUUGGAAGUAUGCUUGGGGUCAUUGUCCAUUUGGAAGACCCAUUUGCGACCAAGCUUUAACUUCCUGACUGAUGUCUUGAGAUGUUGCUUCAAUAUAUCCACAUAAUUUUCCUUCCUCAUAAUGCCAUCUAUUUUGUGAAGUGCACCAGGCCCUCCUGCAGCAAAGCACCCCCACAGCAUGAUGCUGCCACCCCCGUGCUUCACGGUUGGGAUAGUGUUCUUCGGCUUGCAAGCCGCCCCAUUUUUCCUCCAAACAUAACGAUGGUCAUAAUGGCCAAACAGUUCUAUUUUUGUUUCAUCAGACUAGAGGAUAUUUCUCCAAAAAUUACGAUCUUUGUCCCCAUGUGCAGUUGCAAACCGUAGUCUGGCUUUUUUAUGGCGGUUUUGGAGCAGUGGCUUCUUCCUUGCUGAGCGGCCUUUCAGGUUAUGUCGAUAUAGGACUCGUUUUACUAUGGAUAUAGAUACUUUUGUACCUGUUUCCUCCAGCAUCUUCACAAGGUCCUUUGCUGAUGUUCUGGGAUUGAUUUGCACUUUUCGCACCAAAGUACAUUAAUCUCUAGGAGACAGAACGCGUCUCCUUCCUGAGCGGUAUGACGGCUGCGUGGUCCCAUGGUGUUUAUACUUGCAUACUAUUGUUUGUACAGAUGAACGUGGUACCUUCAGGCGUUUGGAAAUUGCUCCCAAGGAUGAACCAGACUUGUGGAGGUCUACAAUGUUUUUUCUGAGGUCUUGGCUGAUUUCUUUUGAUUUUCCCAUGAUGUCAAGCAAAGUGGCAUUGAGUUUGAAGGGAGGCCUUGAAAUACAUCCACAGGUACACCUCCAAUUGACUCAAAUUAUGUCAAUUAGCCUAUCAGAAGCUUCUAAAGCCAUGACAUCAUUUUCUGGAAUUUUCCAAGCUGUUUAAAGGCACAGUCAACUUAGUGUAUGUAAACUUCUGACCCACUGGAAUUGUGAUACAGUGAAUUAUAAGUGAAAUAAUCUGUCUGUAAACAAUUGUUGGAAAAAUUACUUGUGUCACGCACAAAGUAGAUGUCCUAACCGACUUUCCAAAACUAUAGUUUGUUAACAAGAAAUUUGUGGAGUGGUUGAAAAACGAGUUUUAAUGACUCCAACCUAAGUGUAUGUAAACUUCUGACUUCAACUGUAGGGAAUAGGGUGCCAGUUAGGACGCACCCCCAGUUCCAUUACAGUGGAGACCUCCUGCCGUGCUGGGGGUGUCACUACAUUGGAGACCUCCUGCCGUGCUGGGGGUGUCACUACAUUGUGGUGGGGGUCAGUCCAUUUGAGAUGCACAAUUCAAUAAAGAGAGGAUUAAAGGGAGGCUUUAUGGAGAGCUUGCUGCUGGGUUUAUUACGGACCUCUCUAAGGGGAGAGGGAGUGUGACUGAGUCCUCAGGGUCCUCAUGCAUAAACAGUCCAAUUAAUACAUGAAUUAUGAAAUUACAUUGUGUGGUGGAUUGGAGAGCGGAAGCAGCAGGGGAUUAUUCUUUCUAACGGGAAUGGCAGGUAUUUUUCUCUGCACUCUCACGUCUGUCCCUAUGGGAGGGAGGGUCUCCCAUGUGACUACUGAAGCCAUUUCUGGUUAAGACUAACACAAACCGCUAAAUGAUGUGUGAAUUAUAUGAUGUGAGUUAUAUGAUGUGCUAAAUGAUUGAACUCUUAUUUAAAAAAAAUUAUAAUUAUAUAGUCGGUUGAAAAUGAAACUAAAACCCCUCAAAUAUUAUUUGUGAUAUAUCAUCAGACAUUUCCUUUCAAAAUGUCUGUAGGUUAAUGCACUUAGUGAAUAAUCCAGCUCAAUUUAUAAAUAUGUAUUUAUACUGAACAAAAAUAUAAAUGCAACAUGUAAGGUCUUGGUCCCAUGUUUUGUGAACUGAAAUAAAAGAUCUCAGAAAUGUCCGUAAAGUACAAAAGUGUAUUUCUCUCAAAUGUUGUGCACAGAUUUGUUUACAUCCCUGUUAGUGAUCAUUUCUCCUUUGUCGAUAAUCCAUCCACCUGACAGGUGUGGCAUAUCAAGAAGCUGAUUAAACAGCAUGAUCAUUACACAGUUGCAGUUUGUGCUGGGGACAAUAAAAGGCCACUCUAAACUGUGCAGUUUUGUCAAACAACGCAAUGCCACAGAUGUCUCAAGUUUUGAGGGAGCAUGCAAUUGGCAUGCUGACUGCAGGAAUGUCCACCAGAGCUGUUGCCAGAUAAUUUAAUGUUAAUUUCUCUACCAUAAGCCGCCUCAACGUCGUUUUAGAGAAUUUGGCAGUACGUCCAGUCGGCCUUACAACCACAGUCCAUGUGUAACCACGCCAUCCCAGGACCUCCACAUCUGGCUUCUUCACCUGCGGGAUUGUCUGAGACCAUCCACCCGGACAGCUGAUGAAACUUUGGGUUUGCACAACCAAAGAAUUUCUGCACAAAUUGUCAGAAACCGUCUAAGGGAAGCUCAUCUGCGUGCUCGUCGUCCUCACCAGGGUCUUGACCUGACUGCAGUUUGGUGUCGUAACAGCUAUGUGGGUGAAAGUAAACUUGAACUUGACUAAUGUGUUGUCAUUGUCUCUCCCCUCUCCCCAGCGGACGAUGACUUCUUCGGUGGGGGACACAGGCAGCGGGGGGGGAACCUGAGCAGGACCGGAGGACCCUUCUUCCACGGGUUCGGGGGCUUCCCCCCCUUCGGGUCGGGCUUCACAGGGUUUGAUUCAGGUGCACUUCCCCUGCAGCACGGUAAUACUUAAAAUAUGUGUGUACUAAAACUCUGGUUAAACUUAACCUUCUCCUCACAGAAGUUGUUACAACAUAAAUCAUGUUAUAAUUCACUCAUCCCCAUCUAUUUGAAAUGUUACUACGCCUUUCUUUCACGGGUGUGUUUGUAAGACAAAUGUCACCCAGAGAGCUGAAACAUUUAAUUUAUGUUACUUUCCCUUUAUUGAGAACUCUCUUGAUGUUAUCACAAAGUUCUUAGCUACAGACUCAGUUGAGAUCAAAAUGUCAAAAGGAGAAAUGGUGGGAUAUUGGUGUUUACAUGGGUGGGAUUUGGAGUGUGUAUAUGAGAGAGUGACCAGUAAAAUGAAAUGCUCUGUGUGUGUGUGUCCCUCCUAGGUUUCACCUCCCUGGGACAUAUGGGUGGAGGAGGCUUCGCCGCGUUUUCCUCUUCAUCUUUCGGGGGUGGAGGUGGAGGAGGAAUGUGCUCCCGCUCGGUGUCUACCUCCACCAAGUUCAUUAACGGCAGACAAAUCACCACGAAACGGUACAGCACCACACUGCACAGCACAGCUCAGCACAGCACAGCUAGUCAGUCAAUGAAAUCAAUGCUUCACUGACUUGUCCUCACCCUGUGUUAAAGGGUUUCCUCAAAAUAAAAACAAACAGGAUUGUCCUUUUAACUUAGGCUGUAGUCGAUUCAUCAACACAGUUUUGAAUAGUGAAAAACAGUAACACUUAACAAUAAGGUUAUGAUUUAAAAUAACUCUGUUGUCUUUAGUUCUAAGUCUGUUUUAUCUCCUGCAGUAUUGUGGAGAAUGGCCAGGAGAGGGUGGAGGUGGAGGAGGACGGUCAGUUAAAGUCUCUAUCCGUCAACGGUAAGGAGCAGCUCCUAAGACUGGAUAACAAGUGAUAACCUCUGCACAACGUUUGAAAUACUCACACCUGACCUGGAAACAAACUAAACUAACUCAGCGUGACAGUGCUGCUCAGGGUCGCGACCUUACGGCGGUUGGUUUCUCUCCUCUCUCUCUCCCCUGUUGACAUUCGUAGUUAACAUGUCUCAUGGCGAGGAAAUGUGUUCUCAACUGAGUUUAGCCGCAGGAGCGAGGGACGUUCAAAUACGGUUGUAUUUAUUCCCGUUUUACCUUUUGUUUUGGGACCAUUCUCUUACUAGGACCACUGUUUAUUACUGAUUUGUACUAUUCAUUUAUUUUGCUGUAUUGCAGUUUUUCUAUGGGUGGACUUCUUGGCCUUUUAGUUCUAGAAGCCAAGGGCACAAGCUGUACAUUUGAUCAAAGCAUUUGACUGCUUUGCUUUUGUUCAUUUGAACUAUUUUAUUAACUGUCGAAUUAUCUCAGCCUUAACCCUUUGCCUAUUUUUUUCAACUCAAACCACGCCUCUCUAACCUGUACACCAUUUUCAUAUUCAUAUGUUUCAGAUGAACACUUUUAGAUGAUUAAUACAUUGAUAUAGUAUUCAUAUGCAUUUGUUUUUGCUUUCUGUUUGUUUGUUUUGGAAUAGGAGUGUUUCUUUCAUCUCUGCAUGAUUGCCAAUGAUAAGGCUGUUCAUGUUCUGACUAACUCUUUCAUCAAUUCAUCAUAAACAAAAAACAGAGACUAUAUACAGUACCAGUUAAAAGUUUGGACACACCUACUCAU